AACAAUCUUGAACAAUGUCCCAAGAAUCCGCAACCUACACCCACGGCCACCACCCCGCCGUCCUGCGCGCCCACGCCUGGCGCACAGCAACCAACUCAGCCGCCUACCUCCUCCCACACAUCCAGCCCACCAGCACAAUCCUCGACGUCGGCUGCGGCGCAGGCACCAUAACAGUCGACCUAGCCCAGCGCAUCCCCAACGGGCACAUAACCGGCUUCGACAGCUCCCCCUCAAUCAUCACCCAAGCGCAAUCCCUCGCCGCCUCGCAAGGAACCACCAACGUCACCUUCACAGCCGGCGACGCCAACGCCCUCCCCUACGCAGACAACACCUUCGACAUCGUGUUCUGCCACCAGGUCCUCCAGCACGUGGGCGACCCCGUCGGCAUGCUGCGCGAGAUGAAGCGCGUUGCUAAAUCGGGGGGCGGCAUCGUCGCUGCCCGCGAGUCGGACUACGGCUCUUGGGUGUGGUAUCCUGAAAGUGAGGAUAUGGAGGACUGGAGGAGGCUAUAUAUGCGUGUGACGAGGGCGAAUGGGGGCGAGCCGAAUGCGGGACGCAUGUUGCAUGCUUGGGCGAGGAGGGCCGGGUUUGAGAGGAAUGAUGUGCGGUGUAGUACUAGCUCUUGGUGUUUGAGUACGCCGGAGGAAGUGGGUGAUUGGGCGGGGGCUUGGGCGGAGAGGACGGAGGCGAAGGAUUCGGCGUUUGCGAGAACGGCGGUUGAGAAUGGGGUUGCGGGGAGGGAGGAACUGGAGAGUGCGGCGCGGGCUUGGAGGGUGCUUGGGGGGAGUGAGGAGGGGUGGAUUUCGGUGCCCCAUGGGGAGAUUGUUUGUGUGAAGAAUUAG